AUGGGAGAAGGAAAUGCACAAAACGAAAUUGCAGAGCCAAAGCCAGUUGCAGCUGCAGAGCCAAAGCCAGUUGCAGCUGCUGAGCCAAAGCCAGUUGCAGCUGCUGAGCCAAAGCCAGUUGCAGCUGCUGAGCCAAAGCCAGUUGCAGCUGCUGAGCCAAAGCCAGUUGCUGAGCCAAAGGCCCCAAAAAGCGUAGGCGUAGGAGCCCCAAAAGGUGCAGAACUUCGUCGCGAUAAGGAACUUACGCCAAACACAAAAACCCCUUCAACGAAAGAGCUUUGUUAG